CAGACCAGGGCCUGCGCAGAACGCUGAGGAGGUAGCCGGCAUCUCAGCCAUGCUUGCAGCUUUGGGCUCCGUGGCAGCCGCUGUCUGGGGGCUGCUCUGUCUCCGCUCUCUCCUGCUGGGUGCAGUUGUAUUUCUCUUCUUUGCUGAUUUCCUCAAAAGUCGUCGCCCAAAGAACUACCCGCCUGCGCCCCGGCGCCUGCCCUUCGUGGGACACCUCUUCUAUCUGGGCUUUAAGGAAUUUCACCUGUCGCUUCAGCGGAUGGUGAAGAAAUACGGGAAUGUUCUUAGGCUGGAAUUUGGUGACUUGUCUUCAGUUGUUAUAACUGGAUUGCCCUUAAUCAAAGAAGCCCUUGUCCACCAGGGCCAAAACGUUGUGAACCGCCCUAGAACCCCUCUCAUGGAACGUCUCUUUAUGAACAAAGGAUUGAUCAUGUCCAAUGGCCAGGAAUGGAAGGAGCAAAGAAGGUUUGCCCUGAUGACACUGAGGAACUUCGGUUUAGGAAAGAAGAGCUUAGAGGAACGCAUUCAGGAAGAGGCCCGCUACCUCACCCAGGCAAUAGGAGAGGAGGACGGACAGCCUUUUGACCCUAACUUGAAAAUCAAGAAUGCAGCUUCCAAUAUUAUUUGCUCCAUCACAUUUGGGGAGCGUUUUGACUACCAGGAUGAGCAGUUCCAGGAGCUGCUGAGGCUGUUGGACGAGUUCAUGAGUCUGCAGACAUCAAUAUGCUGCCAGCUCUAUGAUUUUUUUCCACGGAUAAUGAACUUCCUUCCUGGACCCCACCAAAGGCUCUUUAGUAACUGGGAAAAACUGAAAAUGUUUGUUACCCAUGUGAUUGAAAACCACAAGAGAGACUGGAAUCCUGCUGUAGCAAGAGACUUCAUUGAUGCUUACCUCCAGGAAACAGAGAAGCAUUCCUGGAAGCAUUGGUUCUCCUCAGAGGAAGAGACUCCACCUGCUGUAAGGUGUGCAGAAAAAGUUCAGGCUGAGAUCGACAGGGUGCUUGGCCAAAGUCAGCAGCCGAGCACGGCAGCUCGGGAGUCCAUGCCCUACACCAACGCUGUCAUCCACGAGGUGCAGAGGAUGGGCAACAUCAUCCCCCUGAACGUGCCCAGGGAGGUGACAGUGGACACCACGCUGGCUGGAUACCACCUGCCCAAGGGAUCCAUGGUCAUGAUCAACCUGACUGGACUGCACAGGGACCCCGCAGAGUGGACUACUCCAGACAUGUUCAAUCCGGAGCACUUUCUGGAGAAUGGACAGUUUAAGAAAAGGGAAGCUUUUCUGCCUUUCUCAGCAGGAAAGCGGGUGUGCCUUGGAGAGCAGUUGGCCAGGUCCGAGUUGUUCAUUUUCUUUACUUCCCUUGUGCAAAAAUUCACCUUCAGGCCUCCAGACAAUGAGAAGCUGAGUCUGAAGUUCAACACCUGCAUGACGGUCUCCCCAGUCCCCUACCGCAUCUGUGCUGUUCCCCGGGCAUGAGGUUGUCCGGGAGGGCGGGGGAGGGAAAGCAAGAAGAAAUCCCAUGUCCCCUUGCCGCCAUGGCACUGUUGCCCGCUGAGAAAUGAAAAAACAGGGUGACCUGCCUCUGAGGAAGGUCCUAGGACUUGGACUCAGAGGAAACUGGAUCCAAACCCCAGGUUUCCCAUCCCCAGUGUAGCCCUGAGUGCAUCAGUUAUGUUGGGAGGGAUUUGCAUUUUUACCCAUAGGAUGAAAAGAGGGUAAUGAUUUUUCUCUAAAGGAAGAAUCACUAUAAAAAUCAGAGUAAAUAAUGGACUUUACUGAUCUGAUAACCAUAAGGCACAUCAUAAAAUUUGUAGCUGUGA